AUGGCCAUGGAGCUGAAGAUUCAAUUGGCUGAGCAGCCACUGAUGAGUCCAAAGGCCAAGCUGAAACCUGAGAAGAAGUCAGGGCCCAGGCCAAGGAGCCACAGAGACAGCAGGCCACAGAAAGAACCGGUGAUCCCAGGCAUCAUGGAUUUCGAGCUGAUCCCAGAGGCAUUGAGAACCCCCAAGCCGCAAAUCUCCAGUGCCUGCCGCUUUGGCCGUCUCAGCCACCACUCCUUCUUCUCCCGGCACCACCCCCACCCCCAGCGUGUGACCCACAUCCAAGAUGUUACUGGGAAGCCCGUCUGUGUCGUCAGGGACGAGUUCUCUCUGGCUCCCUUGCCUCAAUCCACACCCAUAUCCCGCUGUCUGAUGGGGAUGCCCACGAUCUCUGUCCCCAUUGGGGACCCACAGUCCAAUCGGAAUCCCUGGCUUUCUUCUGAGGCCUGGAAGAGGGAGUUGGAGGAGCUGACUUCGCGGGUGGCCAUCUUCACCAAGGAAAACGAGCUGAGGAACAAGGAGCAGAAGGAGGAGCCUCCACGGGAGCAGGGGGCGAAGUACUCGGCUGAGACUGGUAGGCUCAUCCCCGCUUCCGCCCAAGCUGUUGGUCGUCGCAGCUCCCGACAGGGCCAGCAGAACCGCUCUUCGGGCAGAGAUAGAGGACUCCACACCUUCCUCCUGCAGGAUCAGGAGCUGCUG